AUGCUUUAUUCGAAACUGGCUUCAAGAGGCAGGGUAGAUCAGAGUGCUCGAGGGCCCGUUGAAUUUAGAGAUUUCUAUCAGGCUGAUGAAUAUGUCUCUCGUGCGCCGCUGCUUCCCGCUGCAAGAGAAAGUGCCGAACCCCAUCUUCGAGACCGCGAGUUGGAAAGGUUGACAGUGAAGUUCAGGGAGGUUCAAAGUCAUAUAUCUACGUUGUCACAAUGCUGCGUAAAUUACUCCAAAGGUGUUCACGCUUUUGUAAAACACUGUGUGAAAAUAAAUCGCCAGUUCGAAAUCCUCUUGAACAGUGCUCAGAGCUGGACAACACUCUGUUCUACCACAUCGGCAAGCAAGAGGGGCGACUAUCCCACAACCUCGCCUUUGGAGCCGUUUCUAGAAAAAGCGAAUGACAGCGACGGCCUGACAUUCGCUUUCUCUGAAAUGAACCAAAGCAUACGCGACCCGAGCAGGCACCAAAGACGGCAAGAGGUUGCCCUGCGCUUGAUAGAGGCUGAUUUGCGAAUAGUGAAGCAGUGCUUGGUGGAGCCGCUGCUCAGUAUUGCGGAGAUCUGCAAACGCGUUGGACGCACUUUGCAGCGACGAGAAGUCCUCGCAGUGGCCGUCAAAGAGCGUAUGGAGAGGCUAGCCUGGCUAGAAAACCGGACUCGAGGUGCCUCUCCUUUAGAUAGACGCCAGCAACGAAAAAAGGCACGGGUGGCUCGAGAUCUGGAACUUGAAAAGCUCAAGCUUGAGUCUCUCAGUACAACCAUCAAAGUUGAGCUGAAAGUGCUCUUCAAGCUCUUCGAUGCCUUUGUCACGACCUGGGCACCCAACUUUUUCCUGACCAUCUUCUCGAUCGCGUACACGAUGCACCGUUAUCUCGGUCGCGCCGGCGUAGACGAGAGCAUAACUCAUCAGCAAGCGCUAGCGCUUCUCUCACCAUCAGAGCCAGGACAGUUCAAACAGCAUUCGCUAAAAAAGAGAGUUGCGCAAACACCUAGCGAUAUUUCCUGCGGUUUGCCCUCAAUAGCUGACAUCGUGGCCAGUUUCCACCUUGAUUUUGACAGUGUAGUGAGCCUAUUGGGCAACUUCCGCGUCACGAGCUUUGAAUCGCUAUAUCAGCUAACUCUUUCUAGCGCCACUGAGAGUGCGAAGUCCUACUUUCAGGACAAUGCUGUCCGAGGAACUGUUCCAACGCUCUAUGCCACUGCAAUAUUUGGAUUCUCCUCAACGGAGCCGACUCACUCCGACGAUUUAAGUUUUUGCCGCAACGACAUCAUUAAGGUUAUCAAGAGAAAUGAAAAUGGGUGGUGGUAUGGCGAAGUAAUCCGUACAAAGCAGAGAGGCUACUUUCCAGCCAGCUGUGUACAGCUCGAGAAGCUGCUUUGA